UUAGUGCUACUCAAUUACGUAGUUUUGUCAAUGCUGGAUUGGAUACUGAAAAAUUCUUUGCUGGAUACUGCGUAUUUUUCGCUUCAACUUGCUGUCUUUUCUUCGCUGAGUUGGUUGAGAAGAGAUGGUUAAUGAAAUCAACAAUGAAGCCAAAGGCAAAAGAAACGACAUCAUCAAUUCCUUCACGAAUUAUGUUCACUUUCCUUUAUCCAGUACUCUACAUAGGAUUUAAAAAAUCUCUCAGCUUGGACGAUGUCAACGAUUUCGGUUUACCUGAAGAGCUUAGUAGCAACGACGCUACUAAGAGAUUCACAAAAUUGCUCUACGGAUCACAAUCCGAGACAAAAGAUGGAAAAAGAACACAGCCAAUUCUCAUGCCUUCAAUUUUGGCAUUUUACGAUUUCUUCUUUGCAGCAGUGAUACCAAAGUUACUCUAUGUUGCUGUAACAUUCGCACAGCCAUUCCUUGUCUCAACUAUGCUGGCUUUCAUUGAUAGCUAUGCAGACGAGAACGCUGUACCACAAGACCCAAAUGUUGGUUGGGGACUUGUAGGAGCUUACACGAUCGUCUACCUUUCCUUAGCCGCUACUACUGCGCUCUAUUGGGAUAAAGUCUAUGCGAUGGUUAUCAGAUACAGAGCCGCAUUAGUUAGUGUCUUAUUUGACAAGUCUGUCAGACUUGCUUCAAGUGUCGCCGAAAAUCAAGGUAAAGGCAGUGCUGUCACUUAUAUGUCUGUCGACGUUGAGAGAGUCGUCGAGGGUGUCAUUUUCUUCCACGAAUGUUGGGCAGCGAUUGUCUCAAUCGCCUGUGCAGCUGUUAUUUUAUGGUUUAAAGCAACUUAUGCUAUGAUCCCACCGCUUUGCGUUAUGAUUGGUUUCUUCGGUGUAACAUCAAUCGUUGGAAAGAAAGUUUCAGGUGCACAAAAGCGCUGGAUGGGAAGUACUGAAAGUCGUCUCGCUGUUAUUGGUUCCGUAAUGAAGCAAAUUGUACCUACAAAGUUACUCGGACUUGAACCAGUUAUGCCAACAUGGAUAAAUCCUCUCCGUAACCAAGAAGUUGAGCAUCUUCGCGCAUUCUAUCGUCGUUUAGUCGUCGUUGUUGUUCUCUCUUCAGCAACUAUCAACUGCGCCGGUCUUUCAGCAUUGGGUACAUUCGCAGGUAUAUCAGGAGACAUCCGACCACAAACGCUUUUCACGAUCUAUACUGUUGUUCAGCUGGUCACAUUGCCUAUCUCAACAGUCGGACACUGCUUCCCGCUCCUCGUCGCAUCCUGGGCUUCUAUGAAGCGUAUUGCCGGUUUCCUUGUCUUGGAAGAAAAACCAGUCAGCAUGGGUGGUGAACUUCCAACUUCCUCAAACAGCUCUACGGAUACACUCAAAUGUAGCACCGAGAAAGGAGACUCUUUGUACGAGAAAUCUGAGAAACCAAUGAAAGACGUCGAUGUUCCACCUUCACUUUGGAAUGUCAAUGCUAGUGCAUCUUCAGAAAAUGAGUCAAAAACCAUCAUUAAGGACAUAGAUAUUAGUUUCCCACUCAAUAAGCUCUCUAUUGUCGUUGGUCCAGUCGGUAGUGGUAAAUCAAUCCUUCUUAAGACACUUCUUGGUGAGACACACAUAAAGACUGGUACUAGAAAGACUCCUGGUGGCACAUCAGCAAAGAUUAGUUAUGCACCACAAGAAGCUUUCAUCUGGCCAACCACUGUCAAAGAGAACAUCAUUCUCGAUGGUGAUUACGAUUAUGAAUGGUACAACAAGGUCAUCGAAAGCUGUGCUCUCGAAUACGAUUUCAAGAGAAUGUCUAAAGGUGAUCUUACCCAAUUGACUGAGAAGGGUGGUGUUAGUGGUGGUCAAAAGCAACGUAUAUCCCUUGCAAGAGCUUUAUAUGCUAGCAGAAACUGUUCAUUUGUUGUACUCGACGAUUGUUUCAGUGCGCUCGACGCUCACACAACUAAGCACGUCUUUGAAGCCCUCUUCGGUAGUAAAGGAUUAUUAAAAAGACAGACAGUAGUGAUGGUCACACAUUCCCAUAAGCACCUCACAGCUGCUGACUUCGUAGUUGCAAUGGAAAGUGGAAGCAUCCUCGCCCAGGGUACACUCAGAGAUCUCUACAAAAACGUGAUUGAUAUUAAGAACUACAUCGGUGAUAUUCCAAAAGAACUCGAGGAGGAUAAUGAAAUUGUUGAGAUCAAGCCGGAGACAGAAGAGGAACAAAUCCUUGAGCUUCAAGAUGCUGCUUUGGUUGAAAAGCCUGGUCAUGCGCGCAAGAGUGUUGACGGUAAGAAAUACGAUCUAGUUGAUGAAGAAGACCCAGAUGAAGAGGACGCAGGCGCCAACCUCGGAUGGACACCUUAUAAGUUCUAUAUGCGUCAUUGCGGUUGGGCUCGCUUAUCAGUCUGCGUAUUCUUCCUUAUACUCUACAACGCUAUCGAAGUUGGUUUACAGAUAUACCUUGAAAAAUGGUCUAGUGCCAAUACAACUGACCAUCGUCCUUGGUUAGGUGGAUAUGCUGGUUUUACUGUUGCUGCAUUCCUUACUUCAUUCUGUAUGAUGUGGAUGUACACACAGUACACUGCCCCACGCGCAAGUUUGGGAAUGCACGAAAAGAUGCUCGAGAAUGUCCUUGAGGCGCCGGUCACCUACUUCCAGAAGACUAGUUCAGCACUCUUGAUCAAUAGAUGGGGUUCUGACAUAUUCAUUUCUGAUUUUGCCUUCCCUAUCUCGAUGCUUGAUGUCUCUCUGACGGCCGUCUACGUUGUUGGUGCUGCAAUCUUGAUUCUUAUUGCCGUACCAUGGUUGGCUAUCGCCGUUCCAGUUUUGGCGGUAAUUUACUGGUUACUUCAGAAAGUUUACUUGGCGACUAGCAGACAACUUCAGCGCCUUACUAUUUCUUCAAAAACACCUCUUUACACUUCAUUUAGUACCCUUUUGACUGGUUUGGUAACCAUCAGAGCAUUCAAAUCUACUGCUAUGUUCAAGGAUCUCUCAGAGUGGCAUCUUAAUAGAUCACAAACACCAAUGUAUUAUCGUGAUUCUGGUAUUAGAUUCUUACGUACAUUCCUCAACUUAGUAACAGCCUUUAUUGCUAUUGGUAUUGCAUGUAUUGCUGUCGGAUUGCGUAAUACAACCAGCGCAGGUUAUCUCGGUGUCGCAUUGUCUCAACUUGUCAGUAUGGCCACAUCUCUCACAAACUUGCUUUUGGCGUGGACCAGAGUAGAAAAUGGUGUAGUUUCUUUAGAGCGUAUUGUCGAAAUAACGCAACUAGAGUCUGAAGAAGAUGCACACAGACGCGAUGCAGAGGAAAAUGAAAGAGUUCUUGUCGAGACCAAAGAACCAGCUGCCAGCUGGCCAGAGAGUGGACACGUUGAAUAUAAAGAUGUGACAUUGAGAUACAACUCAGGCUCACGUAACGCUCUCGAUCACCUCAAUAUUCACCUUCCAGCUGGUCACAAGUUGGGUAUUUGUGGUAGAACUGGUAGUGGUAAAUCAUCGACUAUUUAUGCUCUCCUUCGUGGUCAACCACUGACAGAAGGUAGUAUAAUAAUUGAUGGUGUCGAUCUCGCUACUGUACCAUUACACACCCUCAGAUCAAGAAUCUCAACAAUCAGUCAAGAUCCAUUCCUCCUACAUGCCAGUAUCUCUGAGAACCUUACCUUAGGUUGUCCAGAAGGCACAAAUGACGAAGAUAUCUGGCAAGCACUCAGGGAUGUUGGUAUGGAAAAGCAAGUUGAUGAACUUGAGAAGAAGUUAGAAACCCAAGUAACGACUGAUGGUACCGAAUUCAGUGCUGGUGAAAGACAACUUCUCUGUAUUGCUAGGGUAUUACUUCAGAAGCGUAAGAUUGUCAUUCUCGAUGAAGCAUCCUCAUCGAUGGAUGGUAAGACAGACGUGAGACUACUUAACCUUCUUAAGACAGCUCUUAAAGGUAUAACCGUUAUAAGUGUUGCUCAUAGAAUUUCAACUAUCAGCGAGUAUAACCAAGUCAUCGUUAUGGAUGAAGGAAGAGUACUCGAAUCUGAUAGCCCUGCUACCCUUUUAAGAAAGAGUGACAGUGAAUUUUACAAACUUGCACAUAGUCAGGGAAUGUUAGACAACUAAUUUUUAGUUGGGAAAGCUAAAAAUGUUGACAAAUAAAUUAAAUUAGAGUAAUGUUUUAAUUAUUUUU